UAUGACAUGAUGUGAAGUUCCUCUUUUAUUUUCAGAAUCAAAAUAUUAGGGAUAGAAGAGGAACGAAGUGAGACGUUAACUAAGAACAUGAAGUUACUCAUCUUUCUCACAGUAGCCCUGGGCUUGCUUGUCACGGGACUGGAGUCUUUUUAUAGGAAGAAGUACUACUACAAACUCCCAUAUAAACACAGAUCAGAUCACAAGGAAUGCCAUUGUUUGAAUGGAGGAACCUGUAUCACCUAUUACCUCUUUAGCGGAAUUAAUCGUUGCAUAUGCCCUGAAGGAUACACUGGGAUUAAUUGUGAACUAGACACCACCAGCAUGUGCUACACUGAGAAUGGGCAGGAUUACAGAGGAAUGGCAACAGAAGACGAAUGCUUGCCAUGGGACCUUCCUUCAGUAAUCAGGAGGGGUUAUUACCAUGCUCAUAUGAGGAAUGCUUUGCAGCUUGGUCUGGGCAAACACAACUACUGCAGAAACCCAAAUGGAAGGGACAGACCGUGGUGCUACACCAAAAGGGGAUUCACCAUUCAGGAAACACCCUGCAACAUGGCAAAGUGUGGGCAUGCCUGUGGUCAAAGAAGCAUGAGCAAGUACUACAAGAUUGUUGGUGGAAGUCAGGCAGAGGUUGAGUCUCAGCCCUGGAUAGCUGGUAUCUUCCAAAACGUAAGGGGCAUUGACCAUUUCCUGUGUGGUGGCAGCCUCAUUGACCCUUGCUGGGUGCUUACAGCAGCACACUGUUUUCAUAGUCCGUCAAAAAACCCACAAAACAAAUCUGCUUACAAAGUCUUCCUUGGAAAGUCCAUGCUGAAUGUUACUGAUGAUAAGGAGCAAGUGUUCAUGGUUGAUGACAUAAUUUCUCACCCUGACUUUACAGAUGACACAGGUGGCAAUGACAAUGAUAUUGCUUUGAUAAGGAUAAGAACAACUUCUGGACAGUGUGCAGUAGAAUCCAAAUAUGUCAGAACAGUCUGCUUGCCAGAGAAGAACCUUUACUUAGCAGACAAUACCCGGUGUGAAAUAGCUGGCUAUGGGAAACAAGAAUUUUAUGAUAUCUUCUAUGCUCAAAGACUAAUGUCAGCCACUGUAAACUUAAUAUCACAGAGAAAAUGCAAGCAUGAGUACUAUGACAGUAUCAGAGUUACUGAUAAUAUGGUCUGUGCUGGAGAUCCCAUGUGGGAGACUGAUGCAUGCAAGGGAGAUUCUGGUGGCCCCAUGAUCUGUGAAUAUGAUGGCAGGAUGAUGCUUUAUGGGAUUGUCAGCUGGGGAGAUGGCUGUGCAAAGAAAAACAAGCCUGGUGUUUACACCAGAGUUACCAGAUACCUAAAUUGGAUUGAGUCCAAUAUGAAUGCAGUAAUUGCCAAGAGCCAGUUUGUUCCUGAACCAAAGUGACUUUUCUACAGCUGGACUCAAAUGAACAAGAUUAAGCCUAUACUGAUGCCAGGACCUUAAUGUUCUGAAUGUCAUAAGCAGCUUUCAUUUUAAAUGCUUGUGUGGUCUGCCACUAGCAUCUGUGUUCCUGAGGUGGAGAGGUGGUCAAUAUAUUAUCUUAACUACACUGAAUUACCUGAAAAACACUCAGUGGGAAGCUAAAUUAUUUAACAUUUAAAUGAGUAUUCCCAUGCAUGAUAUUAUGCAUAUCAAGUUAUCUACUUACUCUUACGAGCCAGCAUUUGGUCUGGAAGUAUUGGUACAGUUUUAAUUUAUUUAACUCAAGUAUAGAAUUUAUACAGGGCCUGAGUUUAAAAUCUUUCCUCAGCACACUGAACAAUACUAAAGCUCAAGUCCUAGAAAUCUAACCUGUUAAGACCAGUACUGAGAGGGUGAUCAGGAUUUGCAGCAGAAAGUGAAAGAAGCAGCAUCAGCAUUAUCAUCAGUAGUAUGUGAAGGAUUAAAGUCUACUUGGACUAAGGUGAUAUUUGCUGCACAGGGUUCAUUGCUAUAGACCAAAUGUAGUAAAAUCUUGAGGGUGACACCUAUAGCUGUGUCAGCAUUACACAUUCUUAAGAAUACAUUAAGAACUGUGCUAUAAGAAGGCAUAUUGGAAACAUGACUUCCACAUCCCAGGUGAAGGU